CAUAAAAAUGAUGAAAAAAUUAACAAUAAUACUGAAAUGGAUAAAGAUUCUAAAGAUGAUGAUGAUGAAGAUUAUAAAAUAGAUAUGAUUCUCAAACGGAUUCUACCCGAACGAAAAGCAUUGGAUAAAAUGACAACAUUAUCAUUGAUUGAAUCGGCAUCCAAUUUGGCUGCUUUGUAUACAUAUGAAUGGCAACAAGAUGGCCAAAAACGAUGGUCAAAUCGAAAAUUACCACUAGUUAAAUACUGUGAUAAUAUUUCAUUGAAACCUAUACAUCAAAUUAAACAGAUGAAUAGUUAUUGGCAAACAAUUUUAUCACCUACCAUCGAUUCGAAUAUAACAACUUCAAAUCCAUUGGAAGCACGUGAACCAUUUAUAAUAUACAUUUACAAUGCAUAUUAUGAUAAUCGAUCAGGACGAUCGGAAGUGAAAAUUCUCACUGCAUGUGAUCAACAGGUUGUUGUUGAAAGAUUGAAAUUUGGGUGUUUACUUUGGUUCGAUGAUCAAAAGGCACCAGUUAUUGGUAAUAUAACCGAAGUGUAUACAAUUUGGCCUGAAUAUUGGGAUUUUGGUGUUAAACCUACUGUUUAUGGACCACAAAUUAUUACUUGUCAAAUACCAGAUUCAUUAAAAAUGAUAGUUCCACGUGCCAUAACAUUAACAUCGAAACCUAUGUCCAGCUGUGAUGAUGUUGAAUCAUCGUCAAUUGAAAAUGUUGUACGUGUUAUUCAUCGAAAUUAUACAAGUGAUCUAAUAAUCAAUGAUGAAAAUCGACGACAAAAUCAAAAUUUCACAAUCGGUGUUUGUGUACAUGCAUUUCGUUAUCGAACAUAUGAUUUUAGUGUACGAUUAGUCGAAUGGCUAGAAAUGAUACGAUUGUUGGGUGCAUCGAAAAUCUAUUUCUAUGUUUAUGAUGCAACCGAAUCGGUUUAUCGUGUUUUGCGACAUUAUGCUUAUGAGGGUCUAAUCGAAUGGCGACGAUUAACAUUUCCGGGUUGGCAACCAAACAUUGAGUCAAUGUAUCAAUAUUAUUAUGAACAAUUGGGUGGAAAAUUUUGGCCACAAGAAAUGUUGGAACAAAAUGAAUGUUUCUAUCGUAAUAUGUAUCGUCAUAAAUAUAUUGGAUUAUUCGAUGUUGAUGAAAUAUUGAUGCCACAAAAACAAUUAAAAAAUUGGUAUGAUGUAUUCAAUCAGAUUGAGCAUCGAAUUUCGUCCGAUCAACAGCAACAACAAUAUGCAUUCUAUUCACAUAAACAUUCUUAUGUUUAUGAAAUGUAUGAAGAAAAUGAACGGAAUGGUGAAACAAUACCAUCAUAUAUGCAUCUAAUGCGUCAUACAUAUCGUGCACAACCAUUUCAAGAUGGUACAAAUACUAAAUGUUUUCAUCGUACAGAUAAAGUUUAUGCAUUGCAUACACAUUUUCCAAUUCGUUGUUUGAAUCGUACCGGUUUUCAUCAUAAUUGUAAUGGUAUACAAUUGGAUGAUCACAAUGAAUCAAUGUUAAUGCAUUAUCGGCCAAAUCGACAACCAGAAAAAACGUGUAUGAUGAAUAAAACAAUUGAACAAAUUCUUCAUGAGUGUACUGUAAAUGAUCGAACAGCAUGGAAAUGGUAUGAUCAAUUAGUGCCAAUUGUACGUGAAAAAUUGAUUAAAAUAUUUGGUGUUGAUGAAUUUUGAUUGAAUCAUGAUGAUUCUUUAAUAAAAUACGU